CAUUAACUGUAGCAAUAUAACCUCAUUCGGAUCAACUAUUGAGCACAUUUUGGGGAUGUCAGCUCCGAUCCCUCAUUCAGAUCAGCUCCAUACGAGCAAUAUCAAUUCCAGCAGUAGUGGACAGCUAAUAAGAAAGAGAAUUGCAGAUAAACACGCACACCAUCCUAUGAGAGUUUCUGGUCAAGGAGUGCAGCAUAGCAAUGGCAUUGAUGACAGCAAAAGGCCCCUAGCUAACGACAGUGAUAUACAUAUGUCUCUGGAACUGUCAAAUAAAGGCACGACAUCGAAGCGACAGGAAGUGCUAUCCAUAUAUCAUUAUCACUCCACGGCACAACAGCAACAAGAAGCCAUCAAUGAUGAACCAAAUGUUACUCCACUAUCUCCGAUUUCAUCGUCAUCAUCAUUAUCGUUACCAUCGUCACAAUCAACAGAUAUCGAACCGGAAAUAGGGCAAGUGCCAGAACUAUUGGAACCAUUGCCAGGGUUAACGCCAUCUAACCCAGAAUUAGUGAAAAGAAAGCGCGGCAGACCUAGAAAAUACCCUCUUCCUGCAGAAUCUACAUCACCAAAACCUCUGCCCCCCUCCGACUCUACUGCCAUUCCAGACCAACCAAAGAAAAGAGGAAGGAAGCCUAAGGGUACCGUCCCUGCCGUAAAGAAGCCCGAAAUCAUCCUCUCCACAAGAAGUCUGAGGCUAAUUGGAAAGCGUAAUAUGUCUACAGAUCAUGCUGAAACCUCAAAGCAAGAAUUAGAUGAAUGUGAAGACAAGGAUAAAGAUAAGGACGAGGGCGAGAGCACGGAUAUGAUCAUGGAUGGCGGUAGAUUUGCUGGCGAAAGUUUAGUUAAAGUCGAAAGCAAAGGAAAGAGUAAAGAUAUGGAUAAUACCAAAGAUACAAAAGGAAGAAGAAAGGGGAGCAGAGAGAAGUCACACGUGAAUGAUAAUGGAAAUGACAAGGAUAGGGGUAAUGAUGAAAUCACUGAAAAGGCUCAGGAGAUGGAAAAACACAGGCUUCUGGGUAAGUCUCGGAUCAGGAGCACAAGCAGGAGUAUGGAUGAGAGCAAGGAUAAGAACCAGGACAGAGAUCAGAGUAAGGAUAAGGAGGAGGCUAGAGACAAGAACGAAAGAAAGGAGCAGGACAGAGAAAAGAGAAAGUCCAAGCCUAUUGAUAAGAACGACAACGAGAAUGAGAAGAUACAAAAUGUGCCCGAGGACUUGAACCAUCCUUUGACUGGCCCGUUUUCUGCCCUUGCCCAUGCCAAUAUCAAUGACAUCCUCACCUACGAAACAUUUUCUCAUUUUUCUUCUCAUGUUCAAGCCGCAUUUAUCAAGGCCCUCCCCUCUGUUAUUCUGGAACAAGAUAUCUAUUUCAAGGAUGGUGCCUUGACUCCAUCAUUUUUCACAAAAUGUACAGCCUUCUCCAAGGCAUUCUGUGACUGGCAAAAAGCUCUAGGCUUAGGUAAAUUCACCAAUGAAUAUGCGCGCCAAUAUCGGGACAUCAAAGAACGAAUCGAGACUGAGGCCAAGUGGAAAACCGAUCAGUUCGAGGAAUAUUACGGUGAAAAGGCGAUCCGCGAGAACGAAAAGUUCAUGGUGGCGGGCUCAUCUGUUAAAAUUUCUUUGGCUAAGAUGGGCUUAAUGCGCGGUAUUCAAGUUGGAGACUUAUUAAGGUAUCGACGGACGUUUCAUGUCGCCAAUACCGACAAGAGCCUUUGCUCAGAUACCAAAGGCUUUUCAAAAUUGCCCACAAAUUUGAGGUCAGUUACAAAAAGUACAUCUGGGGAAUCCGACAAGCGACGAAAAAGUUUGAAGGGCAAGAUGGAAGAAGUACAAACUUCAAUAUUGGAUACGUCAACCGAUAUUUAUGAAAUGGGAGGCAAUGUAAUUGAUGUGGAUAUGCACCUCAAGAUAGUUGAAAUCAACCCAAAUGGAACCCCAUGUGUGCAAUUUGAGCUUAAACGCGGUCCGACCGAGCAUGGUGAGACAAAAGAGCAAUACGAGGAGCGCCUAGCUGGGAAUCCGAUCUAUGAGGUAGAUACUGCUCCUCAAAUCGAAAGUUUAUGCCUUGAAAAGGAUGGUCGGAUCCCAAAAGAGGAACGCAAGAAAGGAAGCGACGCAUGGAGGGACAUUGAUGUGAUCCGUGGGACCUUUUUGGUGGGGUCACUAUUUGGGAUUCGUAUGGAUCUAUAUAAUAAAUCCCUUGCGGACCAAAUACGUCAGAAGGGUAUAGAUGAUGAGCAAGACAUGUCCGAGGACAAGUCAAGUGUUGGUCAAAUACCGACACUUGAUGGAGGUAUUAUGCGAAAGAGAGGACCAACAGCGACAACAUCAGGUCCUAGGAAGAAACGAGCAUUAUGAUAAGCAAUUGUACAGUAAACAGUGAAUGCACUCCAACAACCGAGUAGCAGCUCCUUUAUACAUAGUCU